AUGGUGGUGGAUCAGCUAGAGGACGUGGUUCAGAGAUGGAGAACAACUAAAGAAAAUGACUUUACACAAGAUGAUCGUGAGCUUUUCCUAAAUGCAAGUUUUACCUCCAUUGCUCAAGGUAACAGUGGUCAACUGCUCGACUUCAUAAAGCAGGAGGUAAAUCAGCACAUAGUGAGGUCUAUGGCCAGCAGCCUAUUGCCUUCACUGGUAAAGGAUGUGCUGAAAAAAAAUCGCAGUUCUGCUCAUUCUCAGGCUAUCCUCAAUGAACUUGUGCUGCUCUGCAAUGUUGAAGAACUUCUCGACAUUUUACUCCCGCAAGUGGAUGACAUUGAUCCAGAUGCUAUUGCAGACACAAUCACUGUUCUCAUGCCUCUCAUUCAGUCAGUGCUGUUAAGAAUGGAGUCAAAGGCACCUGGACUGGCUUUGGCCUUGGAUUCUCUGCAGAAACAGAUUUCAAAGCUGCCUGUACCAUACUCACACAAACAGGAACAGGAAGAUGAGCAUGGGCUCUGCCGAUGCUGCAGUGCAGCACUGACCUUUGUACAACCCUUCGUGCAGGAAGCCAAGAAUCAAGACUUAAACUUAGACUUGCCCACCAACCAAGACUCAAAACUAAGAGCUACUCUUCUAAAGUUGUAUGUUUUUACCAUAUUGUUUAGCUGCAUGGCGAAUCUAAGGGAACCUCUUCUUCAAGCCCAGCUGGACAGGGAGGUGAAUACUGUGGAAAUUUCACCGAUGUGGAAGUUUGCCACAGAAAUAAUGGCAAUCCUUGCGAUGAUCCAAGAGCCCCUACCAAAACUCUUAUUCUACCGGCCAUUCACAGAGAAGGAAGAUGGUAUUACACUGGAAAGGAGCGGUUGUCAACAGAAGGAAUCAAAAGCAUGUAUUGCUUACUUGCUAUUUGUCCAGCUUAUUGCUGUGGAAGUGUUUCCUGCAGUGUAUAGCCCUGUUUUCAUCCUUCAAUGUAAUAUGGAAUACAUCAGUCUUCUGUUAAGUAGGAAGGAUGAAUCAUGGAUUUUGAAAGGCUUGGACUUGAAUGUAAAAAGUUUGGAGGGAUUAACAGACAGUAGCCUCCCAGUGGAGCUCUUACAACUUAAAUGUUUUCAUGAGGUUCCACAGAACUUGGUUAAAAUCAUGACUGACUGUCCUAUCCAGCACCUAAAAAUAAAGAGCCUCCUAGUCUUCCAGCUCUUCAUAGAGAAACUUGAUGGUGAAGCCAAGCACACGUUUUUCAGACGCGUCAUGAAAACUAGUCAUCACGCAGGCGUAGAAAGUAUCAUCAUCAAAAACAUCAAGAAACACAUGGAGCUGUUAAGAAAGACAGGUAACAAGGACGGCUGGUUUGAGGGGACACGGUUCAUCUCGCUGCUGAAAGAUGCUAUCGCUCUCCCACAGGGCCAUGAAACUGACUUGCUACACGAAAUGGACAGGGUUAUGGAGUCACUGAAUAUUUUAAGAUAUUUGUUACUACUGGAAAGAAAGAGUUGUACUGGAAUAUGGACAGACUUGUGCGACACCGCAGACAGUUAUACAAAGUUACUACGAGUGUGUCUUAAAAUGUCAAAAUCAUACUAUGGAACGGAGUUAAAAAAUUUAAGAGAAAAUAAGAGAAUAAAGGCCAAAGAAUUUAAAGAGGCCUUUGGGAACCGAAAAGUCCAGAGCAUGAUUGUAAAUACUGAGAAGCUUGGCAGCAUGCCACGUGAUGCACAAGAUAAGGUUUUACAGUGCGCCCUGGUCACAUAUGACUUAAUGGAGAGCCUUGUGGUCCGUAUAGAGGAGAUCAUAGAGGGGAAUCAAGAAUGAACAAAGUGUCACAAUUAC